UGUGUGUGUGUGUUGUGUGUGUGUGUGUGUCUGAGUUUAGGGGUGCGGUUUACGCACAUGGUCUGUCACGACGUGCAGGCAGGCAGCCUUGUCAUCUGGACUGGAGAAGAGUAACUUUGUUAGACACUUCAUUAAAGGGAGCAGAGCACUUCUCUCUAUCGGAGAAAAGAACGCAAAAUUCAGCACUCCACGGACUUUUGGCCUCCUGGUGAGUUUCAAGAGCUUUUCCGUCCAGACCGUGUCUUGUCCUCUGAAGUGUACUGCAUCUCUAGGGUUGUGGCCUCUGAAGUCUCCUGCAUCCUCAGGGUCGUGGCCUCUGAAGUCUCCUGCAUCCUCAGGGUCGUGGCCUCUGAAGUCUCCUGCAUCCUCAGGGUCGUGGCCUCUGAAGUCUCCUGCAUCCUCAGGGUCGCGGCCUCUGAAGUCUCCUGCAUCCUCAGGGUCUGCAACAUCCUUAAGGUUUCCCUGAGACUCCCCUGCAGCCUGUUAGACCAGUAAGGAAGUAAACAUGACCGAGGGCUACUCACCAAAGCCAGAUACGUUGGAGUUUGGGGUUUCUACGCAAACCCAGUCUGCCACGCAAGGCCUGUUUACAGGGGCCCCCUCCGUCUCUGGGUUUACAGAGGCCCCCACCGCCUCUGGGCUUACAGGGGUCCCCUCCGUCCCUGGGUUUACAGGGGUACCCUCCGUCUCUGAGGCAUUCACCACAGCACAUCCCAUUGGUAGCCAUUUCGAGGAUGAAGGGUCCAACAGCAUCAUCCUUAUAGGCGUGAUUCUAGCCACGCUGCUGGUGUUCCUGUGCAUGGCGCUGGUGUUCCGCUACAUGCUCAAGCACAAGGGCUCGUACCGUACCCACGAGGACAAGGAGAGCGACUGGGGCGACUCCGCCAACGCAGCUCUCAAAAGCGGCCAUUCUUUCGAAGAGGACCUGGAUGAAGAUGUUUGAAGGCCAUGGAAUGGCUGGGUGCUGGCCGCAGGGGCUGAUGAAUGACUCAUUGUGUCCACUGGACCAGUAACCUAAGAUGGGGGACAGAGACGGGGCUCCACUCGUGAUGCUGACGACCAAAUCCUCUCUUUUUUGUCAGGAUGUCUUUGUUGCUUUUUACAAUUCUUUCUCACAGUUAAGCAUACACACACACACACACACACACACACACACACACUCUGCCUCUCUUUCUCUUUCUGCUUAAAUCAAACACCAAAU